AUGACGAUCACGGCUGACGUGAUGCGACUUCCAUCAGUUCCAUCAGCUUCCAUGAAGAGGAACGACGACUUUGCGGACACAGAAAUCGCUUGGGCCGCGCUGGCCAGCACCUUGAAUACCUUCAAGGAUCUUCAUGAAAAGCCUCCUUUGUUACAAGCCAUAUUUCACGGAAAUGUGAAAGCAGUUUGUACGUUGCUAUCGCAAAAAGAAGGUGUCAAUUGGCAAGACAAGGAACAUUCCCUUUUACAUGCGGCAGCAUACAGGGGAGAUACCGUUUUUGUAGAACUUCUCUUGUUAAACGGUGCGGCGGUCAAUAAUAAAGAUAAGAACUGGUUGACUCCUUUGCAUCGAGCCUGCUGCUGGGACAAUUACAACGUAGUAGACAUUCUGUUAAGAUACAAAGUUGAUGUAAACGCCCGAGACCGCAAUUGGCAGACGCCUCUUCAUGUAGCGGCGGCAAAUAACGCUGUGCAAUGCGUGGAGUUUUUAAUGCCACACUUAAUUGUGUAA